UGAAGCUAAACUGCUGUUGGCCUCUAGCACAGUAUCAGUGCACAGUUGACAAACAAACAGUUUCACUCCCCCCUGCUAACAACACGUGUUCAUCAAAGUUGAAGAUGGCGAAAUGUUCAAACGUUAAUGGCAGCCAAAUAUUCUCACCAUUUCGAGCACUAGGAUUUAUAUCAAAUGGCAUUCCCCUGGCAUUACAGAGUUUAGGGAAGGAAAUUUUUGUUGCUACCGUGGUUGGAAGGUCUUAUCAUCUCUACAGCGUCAGUAUUUUGUCAAAGUCUUAUUUACCUGAUGUAACUUGUUAACAGACUAAGGCGAUAGGCACUGGUGAACUAGUGUUCAAUGAACAUUUUUCGUUCACCUUUGAAAGAAAACAUUAGCAGUAUAUGCUGCCAUAAUGAUCUUGUUAUUACGGCUGCUGGAAAAAAUCUCCAGUUAUGGAAAAGAGGAAAACAGGUUUCAGAUUUUGUUGGUCAUGAUACAGAUAUUCAUUUGCUCCUUCCUUUUGCUGAACAUUUAUUGUCUGUUGAUAAAAUGAAUUGUUUAAGAAUUUGGGAGAUAAAAACCACUGAGUUAUAUCUUGAAAUUCAGUUGGAUUCCUCAGAUUUCGAAGUGACAAGCAUAAUGCAUCCUAGUACUUAUCUUAAUAAAAUACUCCUGGGAAGUAAACAAGGAACAAUGCAGUUAUGGAAUAUUAAAAAUAGCAGAAUGAUUCAUUUAUUCUCGGGCUGGUGUCAUGCUAUAACUGUCAUUGAACAGGCACCGGCCAUUCAUGUUGUUGCUGUUGGAUUAUGCAAUGGAAAUAUUUUUCUUCAUAACUUAAAAUUUGACAAAACAUUAAUGAGCUUUAUGCAAGACUGGGGAGCUGUAACAAGUAUCUCAUUCAGGACAGAUCAUGAAGCAAUUAUGGCAACGGGAAGUACUUUAGGUCAUAUUGCUCUGUGGAAUUUAGAAAGAAAAUGUUUAUUGUCUUCAAUAAGGAGUUGUCAUGAUAGAAGCAUAACUUCAUGCAGAUUUUUACCAUCACAGCCUUUAAUGAUUACAACCAGUCCAGAUAAUUCCUUAAAGAUUUGGAUAUUUGACGAAGUUGAUGGCAGCGGUCGUUUGUUGAAAUAUCGCUCUGCACAUAGUGCUCCUGUUUCCAAAAUACGUUUUCACGGUUAUCGAGGGCACUCCAUACUUAGCGCUGGACAAGAUUGUAGCUUCCGUCUUACCUCUACCAUACGCGAUUCCCAAAGCUGCGAAUUGUCUCAAGGAUCCUUUUUAAAACGAUCAAAAAAUCUGAGUGUUAAAAUCGAAGAACUUAAGUUGCCGGUCAUUGUCGACUUUGCUUCAGAGGAAAUUCGUCAAAGAGACUGGGAUGGAAUUAUUUCUUGUCAUUAUGGAACAUCGAAGGUUUGGACAUGGAAUUAUGUGAAUAAAUGUAUUGGAAAACAUAUUCUUCAACCUAAACAUGAAGCAAAGAAAACUGUCGCGAAGUGUGUGGCAAUAAGCUGUUGUGGUAAUUACUGCGUCAUUGGUUAUUUGUCAGGUCACGUGGAUAUCUUUAAUAUUCAAUCUGGUAUUCAUCGUGGCUUCUUAGGCAGUGAAAAAGCUCAUGACGGUGCUGUUCUUGGAGUAUUGAUUAAUGAUUUAAAUCAACUGAUAAUCACUGCUUCGUCAGAUAGAACAGUAAAGUUUUGGUAUUUUAAUACUAAAUCACUGCAAGCCACUCUAAAACUUGAUGUUGGAGUUUCACAAAUAAUACUUCACAGGGAAAGUUCACUGAUUGCUCUCGCUCUCGAUGAUUUUACCGUAAAAAUUGUCGAUGUUGAAAUUAAAAGGGUUGUGCGACAAUUAAAUGGUCAUCGAAACAGAAUUACUGAUAUGGCGUUCAGUCCAGACUCUCGGUGGUUGAUUACCUCAGCUCUUGAUUCAACAAUAAGAACAUGGGACUUACCUUCGGGCAGACUCAUUGAUUCAUUUCUUGUUCAAUCACCUGCAACAAGUCUUACAUUUUCACCCGUUGGAGAAUUUCUCGCUACAUCCCAUGUUGAUGAUUGGGGUAUAUAUUUAUGGGCAAAUAAAACUCUUUACGACAAUGUGUCUUACGUCCCUCUUCCAGCUGAUUAUGAACCGUUGUAUGUGGAUAUGCCUUUAGCUAGAAGUGAUGUUUAUGAGGAGAUGGGUAAUCAUGAAGCUAAUGACAAUGUCACACUAACCGACGUAGAAAAGCCAUCUAAUAUAACUUAUCAGUCUCCUGAUCAAAUUUCGUCAAACCUUAUCACAUUGUCUCUGUUACCUGAGUCCCGAUGGAAAACUCUUCUGAAUUUGGAUAUUAUCAACAAACGCAACAAACCAAUAGAACCACCCCAGGCUCCUAAGUCUGCGCCAUUUUUUCUUCCGACGAUUCCUGGUGUGGAAUUAAAGUUUGAUGUAAAAAUUGAUUGUUCGACAAAGUCAAGCUCAAAAUCGAAGAUGCGCAAAAUCACUAACUUUACUGAAUAUUCUGAGUUCCAGCAAUUGUUAAUUCGAUGUUCUGAAACAAAGGACUAUGAAUUGUUUAGCGUCAAAUUAAAAGAACUAGGUCCAUCUUCUGUUGACGCUGAAUUUCGUUGCUUGGGCCCCGAAUCUGGUGGUGAUUUUGCCCUUAUGAAAAAUAUUUUAGAUUUUUUUAUCGUUCAGUUAAAGCAACGUAAAGAUUUUGAGCUUGUUCAAGGUUACAUCGCUUUAUUUUUGAAGCUUCAUAGUGACGUCAUAUAUUCAGAUACGGGUUUAGUUGAUCGUUUAAAAACACUCGAAGAAGAACAAGUGAAAUGCUGGAGCGUAGUGCAAGACUUGCUGAACCAAAAUCUUUGUCUUGUCAACUAUCUUAAGAAUGCAACAUUAUAAAGGAUACAAAUGACAAAUUGAACAUUUUCUAAUUGCCUUUAUGAUAUAUCUUUCAACUUUACUUGUGUGUAAUACUUUGCUUUUUCUAUCUUUCAUUGCAACAUCUUUUAAAUUUAAUGUGGUGAUUAUUUCGAUAACACUGGUGAAACUUCGUUGACAGCUUGCUCUUUAACUGUUUUCUUGUACAGGGUCAUCUCACGCAAGCAACACAUAAAUAUUUCAUGAUUGUUCAAUCCUUCAUGAUUUGUCGAUAACUAAAGAAAUUAACGAGCUUAAAGUUUAAAAAUGGUGUCGAAAAAUUAAAUUAUUCAAUUAAAUAGAAGAUGGGCGAUGAAUUUUGAUACGAUUUAGUUUAGACACAAAAAAGUUCAAAAAGCUGUAUACAUGUACAGUUUUUGUUAAUAAAGAAAGUGAGAAGCCUUGUGAAGACGAAAUAUUACUACUUCAUCAAUGGCAUUUUUGAAAGAAACUUCAAUUUAUGUCUGUGGAUAACAAAACAAAUCUAAUCUCAAGCUCUUACUUGAAGACAAAUACGUAUAUAUGUCUAGCUAUUGUAAUAAACCAAAUCUUUUGCUGUGAUAUUAAAUCAAAUAUUUGGUGUCAGUCUCGUUUCCCUCUCUUUAGGCCCUUGGGGUUAUGCGCCAAUAUCAUUUUCUAUUAAAAUGCGUAAUCUAGUUCACGCAUAUUUAUUUGUAGAAAAACAACAUAUGUACAUUUUGUGUAAUCAUACAUGUCAGUAAUAAUGGAAAAUAAAUCGUAUAUGUCGUCCA